GUCCGUGUGUAAUGAGAAUAAUCAUGAAAUUUAAAAUCUUUUGAUUAAAUAAGCUAGGUUUUUUAAAGCCUUUUUUUAAGAUUAAAAUGUCCAGCGGAAGAUUUAGAGAAGAGUAUCCUUUGCAUUGGUUUAUUUGGCAGAAUGAUUUUUCUGAACUUCAAAAGGCAUUAGAUUCAAAUGUGCAUGAUAUUGAAAAGUUUGAUUGUCGUGGAAGAACUCCUUUAUUACUGUCUGUUACUCUUGGUCGAUUGGAAUGUACAAGGGUGCUUUUAAAAGCAAAUGCCAAUGUUAAUGUUGAAACAAAAGAUGGAUUUUCAGUUCUUCAUGAAGCAAUAAGUACAGGUGACCCUGAGUUAAUCCAAGAAAUUUUGGAAAGAAGGGAUUAUCAGAGGUAUAGCAGUCGUGUUGGUGGAAUUCCUGAACUUCUUAAAAGGAUUCGUGAUACUCCUGACUUUUAUGUGGAAAUGAAAUGGGAGUUUACUAGUUGGGUACCUCUGGUAUCCAGAAUGUGUCCGAGUGAUACAUAUAAAGUCUAUAAAUCAGGAUCAAAUGUUAGAAUUGAUACAACAUUAUUAGGAUUUGAUCAGUCAAACUGGCAAAGAGGGAGUCGAAGCUAUGUAUUUAAAGGCCAAGAAGACAGUGCAACAAUGAUGGAGAUAGACCAUGAAUCAGGCCAGGUGUAUGUUGAACAAAUGAGAGUUCUCUCGCCUCAGCUAGAUGAUAUGCACGCCUUCCGUCCUACUUCCGAAUCAGUGUCUGCUCGCCUUACGACACCAAUUGUCACUACAUUUGUUGACACUGAUAAAAUCAAUUUUGAAAGAAAUAAAUCUGGCAUUUGGGGCUGGAGAAGUGAUAGAAGUGAAGUUGUGAAUGGUCAUGAAAGCAAAGUUUUUAGUGCAAACAAUGUUGAACUUGUUACAAAGACGAGAACAGAACAUUUAACUGAAGCUGAUAAGAUUCGGCAUAAAACCUCCCGAUCUCCACUACAAUCAUUAUUGGGCAUUGUUGAAGUAGAAGAAAAGAACCCCUCUGCAGUAGUCAAUGGUGAAAGUAAAAAUUCAACAGUAAAUCCUUGUCAUAUCACUCCAGAAGAGUAUUUUAAUCCGGAAGUAGACUUAGGAGGAAGGGAUAUUGGUCGUCCUCGAGAAAUUUCUACGAAGGUUCAAAAGUUUAAAGCCAAUUUAUGGCUUUGUGAAAAUUAUCCUUUAUCUCUUCCAGAACAGAUCCUGCCAAUUGUUGAUCUUAUGGCUAUUAGCAGCACCCAUUUUGCAAAAUUGAGAGAUUUUAUAACACUACAGUUACCCGCUGGCUUCCCUGUUAAGAUUGAAAUUCCACUUUUCCAUGUACUAAAUGCUAGAAUCACUUUUGGAAAUAUUUUUGCUCUUGAUGAAGCUGUGCCUGGUGUCACGCCAAUCGAAGAAGAAAAAGCUGUAGCAUGUGUAUUGGAUGACAAUUGCUUUGAUGUACCUUCUGGUUAUGUACGCCUAGGCUCUGACUCACUUCGUCCUCUCAGUAUCGAUGAAGAUGAUGAAUUAUUACAAUAUGCGAUACAGCAAUCCCUCAUGGAAGCAGGCAGUGAAGAAGAUCAAGUUACCAUUUGGGAAGCUUUAAGAGCUCAAAAACCAAAUUCAAAUGGAAGUGAAGAUGAGGAUCUACAAAAAGCUAUACAAGAAAGCUUAUCUGAAACACCUGCUGCACCUAAAGUUGUUGCUUCACCCAUGGAUGAUUUUAGGACGAGUGAAGAAACGCAGCUUGAAAUAGCUUUAAAACUUUCUCAGCAAGCUCGAGAGGAUGAGGAAAAACAACUCCAAGAAGAACAGGAAGUAUUAGAAAGGGUACUUCGGCUUUCCCUAGCUGAACAAUAACUGAAACAAAUUUGGGCUCUGUCUUCGGAAUAGAAAUGUGAUUUAGUUACUGAUGGCUUCAUCGUGCAUCAGGCUUUUAAGAAUUACGUGAAAGAGCUUGAUUUCGAGAUGUGGUGAAGACAAUAAUGAAAUUUCUUGUUAUAUGAAGUUUGAUGUUGAGCACUUGGCAACUGAAUGGAUAAUUAAAAGCUUUUUGCUUAGAUGAUAAUCCUAGAGCUUGCAGAUGAAGACCCAGAUGUGGUGAAUUGUUAAAUGGUUCUUUUAUUGUUUAUAUUUUAUAUACUUGCUAAUGCUGCAAAUCUGCAUUUUUUAUUUAAAAUUUAUACUCUGAUGACAAUAAAGCUUUUUAAUGUUGCUGUAAGAUAUAUUAAAAUAAUCAAUUACUUUUUUAAAUUGAUCUGAAAAUGCCUCAGGUAUUUUCUCACUGCCAUAUUACUACUCCCCUUGUUUGUCAAUAGAGAUACAAUUGAUUCUUUUGUUAUGUUUUUUUUUUCCUUUGAAGACUGUAACAAAACCUUGUCAUUCAAAAUUUAUUCAAUGGGGACCAAGUCUUGUAAUUGUAUGAUGCUUAAUUUUUAAAUUUCACCAUCGAUUUUCAGAUGUAAGGUUGCCAAUGCAUUUUGGUAAUAUUUAAAACUAGCUGACUAAUAUUUUGUGAAGCAUAUUUGUUUCACUUCUUGAAUAAUUCUUCAAUACGUUGAUCAGUUAUAUCCCACUGAACUCAAAAAUGCAGCAAAAUAAAGGGCUUAAAAGUUCCUUAAUAUUUAUUUAGAUUAGCAUGUCCUUAUUUAAACUCCAACUCCUUCAUUACCAAAUGGGCCAGUCAUAAUUUUGAGGCAAUCAUAGAUGAACUUAUUGAGAGAAGAAUUUUGA